AUGCAUGCCACAGUCGACGGUCCAACUUCUGCGACCGACUUUGCGCAUCCUUAUAACGCCUCCAUAGUCUCUGCCUCACCUCCGUCGCUCACCCCCGCGCUCUCCGUCUCCCCAAAUGACACCGGCACCUCCACCCUCCGUCGUUUAAAGUCCAAGUCAUCCCUGUGGAGUCUAGGGAGCAGUAACAACGAAGACGAAAGCUCUCCAGUCGAGCCCAAUACCGGACCAAACAGCGGUCCCCGGCAAUCAAUCCUCCGCCGACUCUCCCCGGCCCUCGCAGCCCGCGUUAAAUUGUUGGAUGGCAGUAACAAGUCUCCCUUACAAUCCAAAAACCCAAAUGCUGUCGGUCGAAUCCCGGAAGAGCACUUGAAGGAGCUGGACAGUCGCAACCAGGACUUGUCAAUCAAAGUCGAGCGGAGGGGCCAAGCGUGGAACGGUUCAGGUACCUCGCCCGGUCAAGCCCACGAUCCCCCGCGCAGAACCGUUUCAAACCACCUCGAGCUCCCCCAACAAGAUAUUCUCCAAGAGAUUGCAGACGCACGUCGACAGGAGUUACACGGACAGGAGGAGGCUGUCUCAACCGAAGCGGUCGAGGACGGCCCCAACCAGGACUGGCCCCAGUACCAGCCUGAGUACCAGUCCGAGCACCAGCCCGAGCACCAGCCCGAGCACCAGCCUGAGCAUCAGGACGAGCUCCCUCCAACAACCGACUUCGCCAGUCUGCCAGCGCCAAUGUCCGUCGUGGAACCAGCGCAGGCGCCGGUGCGCACACACCCCGAACCGACCCUCCUACCUAGCAAUCCUAUCCAAGACGAUCGCACCGACUUCCAGAAAUACGUUGACGAUACGGCCCGCAAAGAAAAUCAAGAUGCGCAGAGCGCGCCUGAUCCCCCGCCAAAGGAUUCCCCGCCUGAAUACACACAUUCGCGCUCAUCAUCCAAUUCCCAGUCCUAUUUCAACCCCAUGGGUCUCCAACGCGCGGAAUCAAUAUACUCUUUCUCCCGCGCUUCAUUUAGCAAUCAGCUGUCGCAGCUGACGUCCAUUCCUCUCCCGCAGCCGGAUUCGCUUGAGGCGAGCAUUACCAAGAUUGCGACGGCACUUUCGGCUGUCAGGGCUUUGAAUGGAGCUGCAGAGCAGAUCCAGAUUUGGAUUAAGAAAGCAUCUGAUGUGCUGAGUGGGUUGGACUCCGAGGAUGACGUUGAAUGGGCUGCUGCUGGUGGACGGGAGGGUCUUGAUGGGGUUGAUAAGGCCAUUACUCGGUUUGAAUGCUUGGUUAAUGUGUACGUGCGCGCCAUUGAGAAUGUGCAGCUACGGGAUGAUAUUGCGAAUGUUGAUGUGGAGAGUUUGACAACGAUUGUUAGUCAGAUGGAGAGUAUCCUCAACAACUGGAAACAGAUCAAAAAUAAGUUGCGAGGUGUGAAAGAGCAAGUUGAAUUGGCGAUGGAGUGGGAAGAGCUUUGGUCAAAUGUUCUCGGUGAUGUGGGUAUGGAAGUUGAUAACCUCAGCGGGUUGAUCUUCGAGAUGGAGGAGAAGCGGCACCAGGCCUUGAUGGAUACGGGUGAGACGACUGGUGGUCUUGAUAUCAACGAGCUGGAGACAAUCGUGGAAGAGUCUCCUACUAAGAGUCGCGCGGCCUCUCAACGCCUGAGCAUUGGUCCUCUUCUGGCUUCGGCUGCUGGCACCCCUGUCAUCAAAACACCGCAGGAUGAUACGAGUCACUCGAAUCUGAUGGCCAUCUUUGCGCGCAUGCAGCCGCUCCGUGCCUCACUGGACUUUUUGCCUAUGCGAUUAUCCAUGUUCCAGGCACGGGCUGAAGCUAUCUUCCCGAGUGCAUGUGAGGAGGUUGAGGAUCGACGAAACAGGUUGGAGAAGAGCUAUCAGGUUCUUGAGACAGAUGCGGAAGCUCUACGGAAGGAGCUGGGAGAGGAUAAGUGGAUUCUGGUUUUCCGCAAUGCUGGAAGUCAGGCACAGAAGAUGUUUGAGUCCGUGGAGCGCAGCAUUGGCAAGCUGCAAGAAGGGCUGGAAAGUGGCAUGCAGCUGAACAACCCGGUCACGUUGCAGAAGCGCAUUGAGAACUACGAGGCGAAGAAGAUGCAUUAUGUACCAGCGAUUGAGCGUGUGAUUUCCAUCAUUCAGAAGGGUGUCAAUGACCGGUUGACUGUCAAUGGUGAAAUUCUACGUCUUUUGUCUGAUAUGACAUCGCGCACGGAUGCUCUCAAGGCUAGCACCAAGGUCAUGGAUACCUCUCUUGAAGACGUGCAUUUUGUCAAAGGCCAGCAGCUUCGAGACUCAAUCUCUAGCAUCUUGACCAUGGACAGUCCACUCACAGGCAGUGCCGUCGAUACUCCAGGAAGCUCGCCUGCCUCGUCGGUUAUCAUAACUGGUCCCAGCUACAAGGGCGCCUCAACUCCCUUGGGUGGUUCAAGCCGGCGCGAGAGCUUAGCGGGAAGCACCACAACUCGAUCAGCCUUGCCCAAGACCCGGCGUUACUCUGGCUUGCCGCAGUCCACAGCGAACUACACAGGCCGAAAGUCAAGCAUCCCCCAACCAUCUGGCCUUACAUCUCCAACUCCAUCAAGAAGAUCCACAAGUCUCUUCACGCCGACCCCGGCUUCCCGCUACACAUCUCGCACGCCAGUGCCGCCAUCCACAAACCCCAACCGUCCCCGGUGGAACGGAAGUACCAACACCAAUGAUCUAGACACUGGAUAUACAACAUACCGCAAAUCUUCCGCCCCGAUCUCUCGCACGCCCCGGCCCUCGUCAGCAAUCCCAUUCCCAAGUUCAUUCCACCGAGACACAUCAGCAUCUCCAGUACCGGGCACAUACAGAUCAACAAGUCGCAUCUCCUCUCAAUUCGGUGAUAGAAGUCCCUCGCGGAACCUUCUCUCUCCAACCCCGCGAUCCUCACUCCUGGACCCACCACCAUAUAGUCGACUACGCCGACAGCCGGUCAUGUCAAACACACCCCGCAGUCGCCAGAGCUACGCAGGCGUGAGCUCAACUUUCACCCGGAGUGUCUCACAUGCUCCAAAUGUACCUGAGACGCCUAGCAAGUCCUCGCGGCCGGGUACAUCUCUCGGCCAUUCGACCAAUAGGCGGAUUAGUCUUCUCCCAUUGCCUACGCGGGAUCAAAAGUCUACGGCUCAAAAGGUUGAUACUCGUCCUCCGUGGCGUUGA